AUGGGGCGAAAAGCUCCGGCCGCCCUGGUAUCCCCUGAUGCGACUCCUCCGGCGUCGUUCUCCGCCAGUGUGUGCCUCGAGGACUCCGAACACCUGGCGCUCAACGAAUCGCUAGAGCACAAGAAGACUAACGCGUGCCCGACGCAGGGGCAGUCCCCGUCGCUCGUUCCGACCCCAUUGACAUCGCCUGGAGCGUCGAGCUGUGCGUCCUCCAUAUCCGCUGUGUCGUCUCCCGUGUCUGCGGCAUCAGAUUUUUGUGGGAGAAGUAGGGAUUUGUUCUCCCACCAGGUGUCUCCAACCACCCAGCUGGCCACGUUCUCUCUAUCCGAACAUGGUUUUCCUCCGCUUGCGUCUGCCGCGCCACCCGGCUGCAGCGCUGCGCCAGCAGGAGACGCAACGAAGCAGGCGGGAUGCCAAGAUGUAGCACUGACAGCAAACGGACUGUCGGUAUUUUCGGUAGAAAGAAUACAGCGCAUAUGCGGCGAACGUGAUGCUCAGCUUCCUGGUCUACCACCGAGGAGGUCCUUUAUUAUGCAGUCACCGCAGAAGAGCGGAGAAUCUGCUUCAUGCUUUCAAAAAGUUUCUCAUAAGGCAGACAACGCGGAUGGUCUUCUGGAGCAGUCUCGCGACCUUUCGCUGAGCACGUGUCCCGGUAGGAUUCUACGUAUUGCUCUUUUCCACAGCAGCCGGACGACAACCGCGAGCGAUGCUGGAGCCGAGUUUCUUUCGAGUUCGUGGGACGGUCAUUCAUCGGGAGCUAUCAGUCCGUCGGGCGACAGUGCUACGGACGGCAAGGCAGGUGCUGUGGCGCAUUCCCGCGAACAGUCAGCCAUUCAGAAUGUAACCGACGCGUCGGGCGAAAAUACCGUCUCCACGAGCCAGACCAUUCGGAGCAGUCGUUCGGUUAGCCGGAAGAGCAGCCUCGAACGCGGAGGGGACCUGCAGUGUGCGGCUCAAGAGGAAUCGGCGAGAUGCAAGGACAAUCCCAGUCAGGAAAGCGAAGCCGCUCGUUCGCACAGCGAGGAGGAGAGCCAGGAGGCUGGCGCGCCAGGGGUCGGCCUCCCGGUAGUGGGAGGUAACGAAGCUAGGUUGUUGCUCUUUGCAGAUCGGCGAGGAGCGUCGAGCGAUGUGUGCCAAGGCAGUGGAAACCCUUUCACGGCCGACGUAGAUUCUCUCGCCGUGACGAGCCUAGAUUCGACUUCCGAGUUGUUGCGCUCCUUGUCGCCUGGACUAACGGAUACGCUCGGCCAUAUAGGAGCAUGUCCCCAAGAUACAGAAGACGACCGGAUGUCGUUCGAGCGCCUAGAGAGCUUCUGUGACGCGGUACACACACCGCAGUUGCUCCGCAUCCCAAGGGGCAGCCCCUUGCUCGAUAACGGUUCUGCAGGACCGUGCAGCAACAACGCUGCAGUGCAGGUGUCAGGAACUGUGACAGGGCAGACAUGUGAGGGAGCAGGGGAGACAGGCAAUGAGGCAGGGGCGGCGCGGCGAUGCUAUCCCAGGGAGGAGCGGGAUGAUGCACGUAAGUCGACUCUCGCGGUCAGCGGUGGCGCGCUGCAUCUAGAGAGGGGCAGUGGGAUGGAGAGGGGAGAGCCGCUACUUCCUCUGACGUCCCAAGAGGUGGAAACCCCCCCGGCCCAGGUUGACUGGGACAGUCCCCACCGUCACAUGGCAACGACCGCCACGAAAGAAGCUGGCAGAACACACGACCUAAGGGAGCGGACUGACGUGGAAGCACCAGGAGUGGACUACGGCAUCGUCAGUGCAUUUACUCCUGCUGGUGAAGGAGCCCAUCGUGUGGAUUCAGUUGCCAGCGUUCAUCCGAAGCAAGCUGUGCCAAAGGACACUGUGGGCAGCGCCUGCGAAGGGCGAAGGGACUCGGCGUUCCGUUGUGCCUGCUGCGGCGAUUUACUCCUGUGCUCACAGUGCAGUGGUACGGGGGACUUUCAUGAAGCCGAUACGGCUGUUAGGGGGAGGCUGACAGGGGCACUUUCAAGGUCGCCAGAGCAAGACGCAGCAGGGCGGCGUGAGAGGGAGGGAUCCGAAGGGAGGUCGGGGGCAGUCGUAUCGGGGCAAGGGCCCUGUCGAUUGUGCGCCGAAAGUAUCUACUGCGGCCUCUGCGUGUACCGCAUGCAAGCAACAGUUUCAAUGUCAUGCGCAUCCACAUCGGAGCGAACUGAGAGGAGCUCAGUCAUGCAGGGACUGCCGGACUCUUUCGUCCGAAGGCCGUCCACCGCUGGACUCGCUAUUGAGGAGCUCAGUUCGCGUGAGCUUGCUCUCGUGGCACCGGCAAACGCAGCCAUUCCAAGUGCUGGAGGCGCCAUGCGUGAGCUGGACGUAGGCACAUCAUCGCUCCUGGAUAUGAGAUCCGUCCGCCAAGGCUGUGGAGUGUCUGUUCCAUGCGGAUCCCUUCAUGUCGGAGAUACCACUAUGAUGCCGGUUGCACUGUCGGGCUGGUUCCCACACUCCGCAUUCGGAUGCCAAAUAGAGAGGAAGCCGGACGGCAGCGGGCUUGUGGACAGGUCCGCUGUUAAGCCUCCACUCGGGGACACAAGGGCGAUCAACCGUUUGGCCUCACAUUUUCUUUGCGGGUCGGUAGUUUUGGAGGCACAUGGUGAAGGGGCUGUGCAGGCGGUCCAAGAUCAGCCGUCACAGCAUCACGUUCGGUGCAGCCGGCAACCCUCCUACCAGCAUGUGCCCCGACCGCACGCUGCAGCGCACGACCUGGGGCAGAUUGUGUGGCGUACUUGCGCGCCGCCAUCGGUUGCUGGGGCCCACGGAGUGCAGAUGAAUAGUGUGACACGAGCCUGCUGCAGCAGAAUUGUCGACUCCGUCGAUGGGCGAAAGCAGGCGCCUCAGCAAUUGACUUAUGAAACGGUGGUCACGCAUUCGCAAGCAGCCGGGUGCUCCCCUAUUCCAACCGCUCUCUACCGGGGAUCCGAGCAGGCGCUGUCUCACGUAGCGGCGGCCGGAGGUGCUGCUUCGCUACCAAAUUCUGCGCUGGACAGUACCCUACGGCCUAUCGGCCCUCUGCCGGCCGCUCCAGAAGUCGGUGUUGAAGGCCUUGCUGGGAGUGCUGGUGGGGGAGCGUGCACCGCCCGCAUCACUGCAAGGGCCCCGGGCAAGCUCCUCGUGCGGUGCGGACAGCGUGGUCAAUUCCGGGGGAACCAACUUCAAAGUAAAGAUACCCGGGCGGCCGAGUGGAGGGAUGGACAGACAGACGUAGAUGCCCAGCCUGCCAUGGCGAGAAACGCGUACCACACAGCUGCCGAGCCGUACGCCGAAUGUCAGCGUUCGGGGAGCGGAGCGGUGCUCAGCAGUCGCUGGAGUGCCACUGGGGUGCUGCAGAAUGGUGGCAGAUUGACGCCCGUCGUGGUAAAUCGAGAAACUACAAGGGCUGUAGGACUCAGUGGGUUUCGAUGUAGUGGAUCGCUGUCGGGUAACGACAUUGACUGUGCUCGGCUUCUCCGGCCCCGUGGAUAUUCAACGGCUUCAGGGCGGUCGCAGGACAGAGACAAGACAGCGACCAGAUCCGUCAGCGGAAUCGCUGCGGCGUUACCUCACCAGGGAUUUCAGAGGCACGAGCCGGUGUCGGCUACAUCAAGGCUUCAGGUGGACUGUAACCCAGCAGGUCAUGUGAUGGACCUCGCGCCAGCGAAGCCGCGUGAUAUGUCUUGUGCGGUCGUCUCGCCUGGGUAUGGUCACCUUGCGCUGUCUUCUUUCACUGGUAAAGUCGCCUUCCCGCUCUCUCCGCCAACACGGGAGUGUGUACCUGGCCUGGAGAACCACUCAAGUUGCCAUUCGGCUUUUGAUGAUAUUUGCAACCGACCUGUGGGCGGAUGCGAUCUCGAGGAGCGCCCUGCAGACGCGGACGAUGGAUCCGCCGCCGGCAAGCAGCUGGUGCAACGAGUGCAGGAGUUCCCAGAUCCGAUGAGUGAUCCUUCGGCAAAGCGUCGGCGUCUCUACCGGUGUAAUGGCGGCCAGACUGACGUUGCAGGAAAUGUGUGGUGCGCAGAAGAGCCCCGCACCGUCGCUCCAAGUGCUCCGGGGAUGGCUGCAAGAGACCUCUCUCGACACGGAGUUUCGUCCGUGUCUGCUACGGGCAGUGCACAACGAACCCUUCCGCAGCGAUGCGGUGCGCCUGAUGUGAGCAUGCAGGAACAUCGCACUUCGACGCGCACUGACCUCAGUAACAGCCAACCAGUGCGGGAGGCGUGUUCGCCCCCGUGUGUUUCGGGUGUGAGUCGUAUCCAGAGGUGUAUGACAGGCGGUAUGCCAAGCAGACAGCAGUCAUGUCCGAAAGUAGAAGACGCGGGGGAACAAGACGCAGCAGGACUACGAACAAGGAAGCGAUUUGGCAAGAAGCAGCCAUUGGUGGACGCGUGCACCCAGCGAGCCUGGGGCUCCCUUCGAGAAGACAGUAUGUGCGUGAAGACAGAAGAUAGGACGUCACAAAGCGGUGGUGACAGAGAUGCUGUAGAUGGCCGAACUGCAAACGCGGGUGUCCACGGCCCGUCGGACAGUACUGAAAUGGUGAAGUGCGCUGAUAAGGCACUAGAAUUGCCGCAGUCUCGAGACAACGAAGGCAACGAUAAGUCAGAUGAGCACGGAAGAAUGUGCCGCCACGACUCGCACGAUGUCAGAAACCCGUGUCAACGUCGAUCACCUGAGGGGGGUUUCAGUAGCAGCUGCGCGGAAUACAAGCGAGGUGAAGCCAAGUUAGCACCCGCAAGCGGGAAUGACUCUCCGAGAGCUUCCGUUAAGCAGUGGGCGAACUCAACUGACAUGAGCGGGCGGCACCAUGGUGGGCGUCACUCCGGCGAUGGGGUCGUUUGCAGUGAAGAGUCGCGAUGUGCAGGGCCUGAUCGUGCAUCACGAGAGAUCGCGGCUCGGCGCAGAAUCACCUCUCCAGAAAUGCCAAGCAUGCUGAGCAAGGGGACAACGGUGCCACAGGGUGCGAAGACCUGCAAGCGAAGGCGAGGAGAGAGGUCAGCCGUGGGCGACGAGUGUAGUGCUGGAGAAGGCGACGCGUCGAGUGGGUCGCGAGCAAUGUAUCACGAAGUUGGGAACACGCAAGCAGUAGUUCAAGAGGACGCUACGGAAUCGCGGAGAGAAAGAGAAGGAAGAGGGCAGGCAGUGGGGCGAAGCAAGGGCGACUUUUCCGACAUUGCAAGGCCUGAGGGAGCGGAACAGAAGGAGGCACACUCCAGCGAGCAAGAGUCAUCCAGUCCUCCGGGGCGUGGAAGUAACGGGCGAUUUUGGCGCGCUGGAGGAGACGGCCGUGUUCUUUACGAUCAGGCAGGACAGAAGAUUUCGGGCAUUUGGUUUGAUAGCGGUCGGCGGCUUUGGCGCGUAGUGUUUACUCAGGGGGAACGACGAAGAACGAAGGGGUUUAGUCUCAGACAGUACGGCUUUGAGGAGGCGAGAAAUAUGGCGGUACAAUGCAAGCUCGAGAUGGAGGCCAGGAAAGGGGAGAAGAUGACCGCCGCGAUGUCUACAGGAAAGUAG